AGGCGGCCAAUGGGUUCCGGUCAGUUUCAUCAGGCACGCUCGUAGUAGGACGUCGGGAGACGCGCGCAAACUUCAUUUCGUUCAGCGAGUAACGUCGACGCGGGCGCGAUUCUCGUCUUCUCGCGCCUCAAGGACGAGAGCGAGGAGCUCGACAAGUGUGGGGAAGAGAGAGAGAGAGAGAGAGAGAGCGAGAGAGGGGAACGCGUGACACGCCGGGACGCGGAGUGGAGGCUCGAGAGCAAUCGCGUGCAUAGAUCGGCCGAGUUUUACGACGCUUCGUUGCGUCAGCUCACUAGCCGAGCGUUGCUGGAGGAGAGGACGCCGAAAAGAGAGAAAAAAGUGACAGCGGCGAUUCCCGGAAGGAGGUGGAGCGAUCGAGGACGAGGCGCGAAGCAAGAGUGCAGUAACAGGUGGAAGGAUAAUAACAAUACGUUUUAGAAUAACCGGAGACGAUGGAUCAAGGCUUCCCGGGGCAGCACACCACCACGACCACCGUGACGACUACCACUACGACCACCCAGCCCAAUAUACGGUUUGAUCCGUCAUACGCGAGGACAUUGCCUGGAAUUUUAAAAAUCGUGCAAGUGGUGCUAAAUCUCCUGGGAUUUAUAUGCAUAACGGUGUCAAGUCACAGCAGCCAUAGCCGGGGAGGAUGGUUCAAUACCGUAUCCAUGAUUGGUUUCUGGUUUACUGGAAUCCUGCUUGUCUUCUACUUGUUCCACAUCAUCGAAAAGUUUUCCAGAAUCCCGUGGCUUAAGAUUGAAUUCGUAUUCUGCACGAUAUGGACAGUUUUCUAUUUAUUGGCCGCUUCCCUCGCAGCUGAUUACGCACGUCACACCGAGGCCUUCGGUGUUGCAGCGUUUUUCGGUUUUUGCGCGAUGGUGGCGUACGGUUACGACGCUUGGCUCAAGUUCCACGCCGUAAAGAGCGGUGGGUUGGCGCAGGGUCAGCAUACACCGAAACAAGUAUCCACCGUCACCAGUCCAGCGUAUUAAAAUCCAAGGGAGGGAUGGGUCCCGAAGCAGAUGGACCACCGGUCGACCGAUUGGACUGAUUGAUCGAUCGAUACAUAUCGUUACCUUUGUGCGGGGCCAGCUCUUUUGUAACUUCGGCAUGUUUCUUUCUCGUGUCGAAUCUCAAAUCGCGACACGCACGACGCGUGCUUUUCUCGGCUCAACGCUUUUUCCGUUUGCUCGCACGUGUGCGUCGCGUGUAUUUUUGUGCGUGCGUACAUUCGUUUAUUUACACCCACGCACGCGUACACUCGACUUUCCUUUCCUCUACUUUCUUCUCUUUUUGUACUUGUAACAAGGCAAUAAUCUACACUACGCUAUAGCGUAUCGUUGACUUAUAUUCUAACACGAAGAGGCGAUGCGCUCAUGUAUGCAUUAUCCUCCAUCGAACAACGAUUGUUAAUAUUUUGUAAUAAUGUUUGCCGCAUUUUUGCUCGAUCGAUUCUAUUUGAUGUUAUUUAUACGACGAUGUACAUGUACAUACAUACACAUACAGAUCUAUAUGUAUAUACAUACAUAUACGUUGUUGAAACUAUAUUUUAAAUCAUUGUUGAAAUUGAAGCAACGUUUUCACGCAUCAUGGCACAGCGAGACUCGGACGCGAUAUCGAGUGCUGGUGCGACUGUUAGAUCUAUUUUAAUCUUCUCGGUCCUUGUUUGCAAUUGGUCCAGCUAAUCUUGUCUUAUAUAAAUACAAAUGCAUGAAUGUAGAGAGAUAAUAGUGAAGCAUUAUCUCUAUAUAAAAUAUGAGUCUCAAGAGUAUAUUUGAAUUGCAAACAAGGACAGAGCAUCCAUAAAUUGAAAUACCGAAAUACAGUAUUCUCCUUCUUGUUGUAUGUAGCCUUCUUAGACUGUCGUAUAAAUUUUCUAGAUUGUGUUCGAUAUUACGCUUCGCGAUUCCUUGGAGGGAUAAAAAAUAUAGUUACAUUUGUGCAAAUUAUACUGAGAAAAAAAUUAAUAGAAUAAUGUUAUAUGUGGUCACAUAUACACAAACACACACAUACACGUAUACAGAUAGAUUAUUUAAUUCUUGAGUCAGUCUAUUGGCUCGCAAUGAACAUAUUCACCGUAUUAAUCAUCAUAUCAAAUCAUUGUAUGGCGUUACUCGAUAUGCGUAAUCUCGUAUGAUGAUGUUCACGAGAUUCUUUAUAUCAAGGAAUAAUUUGUUACGAAGAGUACCUAAUACUUUCUAUUACGACUCGCGCGUAUAACUAUAUUUACUAUUUUUGUUAACUUUACUAAGAUUUUGAAUCUAUACAAGUACACAUUUCACGGUAUACACCGAUAUCAAUGUCUAGUUAAAGAGAUCUGGCGAAUAUUACUAUAGAUAUUACUAUGCAUAAUAAGACGAUCGAUGAAAUAACUUCAACAUCGGUAAGUGUUCAAUGAAAUAAAUUAUUGUAGUUUUCCGAAUGUGUAAUUCGAUUCGCUACCGAUAUAGGAAGAAAUGAUUGUCGUGUGUGUAAAGUAUUACAAAUAUAUUAGAAUAAGAUUAUAUAUGUAUACAUAUAUAUACGCACGAGUUAUCUUCGUAAAUGUAUUUUAUUUAAGAUAAACAUCUAUCUAUCUUUAUUUUCUUUCGGAAAAACUUUAACAAAAAAGGGCAAUUUCUUCACUUAGUAUUGUUAUGCGACAUGUAAAAUUGUGAAGAAUUGCAUCAAUCUCCAUAUAUUUCCGCUCAUUUUAUGCUGACAAUGUCAUGUGUGGAUAUUAUUAAUAUAUCUUGAUUUAUAUAUAUACACAUUAACUUAUUUAUUAAACGUCAUUUACACUAAAUGCAUAAUCUUACAUGUAUUACAGUACGUAUUAAUGGUACCAUGCUAAGUUCUAGAUAA